GUGGCUUUCAACCUUGGGGUAACCUUCGGGAUUCAAUGAAGGGGACUGAGGCGGACUUCUGCUUCCGAACUCCUUUUCCCGUGUGUGAUUCGGUAGAGGAUGUGCCGCUUUAUCCAGAUGCAAAACGAUUAAAGCUAUGUGUUUCUAGUGUGUACGAAAGGAUUUUCAAUUCAAAUCAUAGACAUCUUAAUGGACAGAACAAAAGCAGCGAUAAAACCACAACUCAAGGUGGCUAUUCUUUCGGUAAUCUAAUUUUGUGUUUCAGUUACCAUUCAUCAGUUUAAAGACAUUGAAUCGACCUGGUGAUAUUUGUCACUAUUUCCUUCAAAGUUUUGUAUCAAAUAAUCGUACCCACUCGCAAAAUAUGAAGCAGUCAUCAGUUUUUAGCUCUACUCCUUUCAAUGGACAUGCAAAAUCAUCAUCAAAGAAAAGUUUCAUUUCCUCUGAAAGGCAGAUGUAUCAACAACUAUUGGAUAAGGCGUCAUCAUUUUCUCGGACUCCUGUUACCAAACCUACGACCAAUUUAUGUGGUCCCAUCACCAUAAAUCUAGACGACGAAAUUAAGAAUAAUCACUCUUUAUUGCGACAAUGUAAUCUUUCCCCAAUUCUUUCAAACAACCGAAAUCAACGAAAUGAUCAUACUAGUACAAAUCAUCAAGCUUUCUCUGUCCCGUCUUCAGAUACCAGUGAUUCGAAAACUCGUGCAUGGCUUGAAAGUUGUGCAGAAUCUCCCUAUUUAUCGGAUAAUUGGCUCAAUAACUUGACCUCAAGCUAUCAGGCUAAAAAGAAAGAACGUGAACGAGAUUAUGAAUUAGCGAAAGCAAACAUAAGAUUUUGGGAGAACCAGCGUGCUUCAGCUGAAAAAAGACGUAUUGACAAUCUUGAAAUGAGACUUGCUUGUUUAUUAAGAACACCUCCUAUUCUAGAAGAUCCAUAUUUAAAACCUCAGCCUAUUCCUAUUGAACUGCCGUACAAACCUGUCAAAGUUAAAGAACCUAAAAUACCAAGUCUUCCCGUUUUAACUGCACCUCAACUGGCUCAAAUUGAAGCAGCUCUUCGUAUUGGUUCUCCAGAUGAAGUACUUGUAGAUAAAUUUAAAUUAGUUGUUACACGUCGUGAAUUAAUGACACUAACUGGAACAAAUUGGUUAAGUGAUAUGGUAAUCAAUUUCUACUUACAACUAUUACAGCAUCGAAGUCAACGUCAAACAAAUCUUCCUCGUAUCGCUGUUUUAUCAACAUUUUUCUAUGCAAAGUUAACAUCAUCAGCAGGUGGAGGCUAUGCAGGAGUACGACGUUGGACAAGACAAUUAAAGUUAUUUGAUCAAGAUAUUGUACUGAUUCCAAUUCAUGAUAGAGGGAUGCAUUGGUGUUUAAGUUCUAUUGAUUUACGUGCCAAAACGAUAACAUAUUAUGAUUCAAUGGGUUCUAGUAAUAUGAAAUGUUUGGAAAAGUUAAUGUAA